UAUAAAAGCAGAGUAGCAACUCAGAGAGUGAAUUUUGACAAGAUCUGUAUCUGUGUGGACCCGGACUGCCUUAGAUUUACAACCUGGGCCUGGAACCACCGCAUACAGAGAGGCAGGUUGUAGGGACGAUGUCCUCUGAGCCCCAGGGCCUGUCUUUCCCAUCUGUAAGCAGCAGCAGCAGCAGCUCACCCAUUCCUUCGCCAGCCGAACUACAAUCUUUUGACCAUCUAGGGUCACCCUGCUUUCAGAUGCCAGAAUCAAAGUGUCACCAGAGCAAUGUUGGAGAAGGGUUUGCACCGUGCUCCCAAAGAGAAAGCAUUCCCUACAGGCAGAAGAACGCUGAGCGCUUUCGUAGACACAGCGUAGACGGGAGCCCCGUUGGACGAGAGUCUGGCCUAAUGGAGAACAGUCACUACCAUCCAUACAGGCGCCAAUGCAGUGAAGGGACCAUCAGUGAAGUUCAGACACUGAGUUGUCUCAGAAGAGCUGGACUCACCAUGGAUGACAGAAUGGAGGAACAAUCCUGGACUCCAUUAAGCAAUGAUGUGGAAAGCACCAGUAUCAUGGGAACCCAACAUACCUACAGUGAGCCUCAAACGAGCUCUGAAGAACCUCCUGGCUACACGGCAGUAGACCAUCAGACCUACAGUCCCAUCAGUCCUCUACAACAUCAGUUUUACUCUUCAAGAGGAAUAGACACUGUUUCUCACUACUAUAACCAAAGCCUCUCGUCACAAGCAUCUCAAGACAAUUCUGUCCAGACGCUCUAUCCUAAACCUGUCUACUCUUACAGUAUUCUAAUUUUCCUGGCUCUGAGGAACAGCAAAACAGGCAGUCUACCAGUAAGUGAGAUCUACAGCUUCAUGACGGAGCAUUUCCCAUACUUUAAGACAGCACCUGAUGGCUGGAAGAAUUCUGUCCGACACAACCUCUCUUUGAACAAAUGUUUUGAGAAAGUGGAGAACAAGAACGGGAACUCCUCCCGAAAGGGUUGCCUGUGGGCCCUGAACCCUGCGAAGGUAGAGAAGAUGCAGGAGGAACUUCACAAGUGGAGACGUAAAGAUCCCCUGACUGUCCGGAGGAGCAUGGCCCGACCAGAGGAGCUGGAACGCCUUCUUGGGGAGAGACCUGAAAAACUGAAGUCUCUGGGAGCUCACUUCAGUCUAUCCAGCAGCCAUACACAUUCUCAACCUUUAAGGGUUGCCAUGCAUCCUGCGUGCGGACACCAGCCUGUCCCUCAUCAGCAGCCUCUCUACAACCCUUUACCCUCUCAAACUGUCAUCCCGCCUCCCCCCUACUUAUGCCCAGACCCUUUAUCCUACUCAUACUACCCUCCUGUCACCCGUCAGCCCAGUGCCGGGCAUCCCUCCAGCCCCAGGAUAGGCUGUUUAGAUUCCCCGUUACCAGCACACACACCACCGAGUUACAGCAGUGCCUUGCAGGCUGCUCACAGCGCUACAGCAAACAUGCAGGAGCUUCUUCUGGACGGGGAAAUCAGUAACGAUGUCGAUGCAUUAAAUCCCAGCCUCACAGACCUACAGCUACACGGAAAUCUUUGGGAGGAGCUAAGGAACGACAGCCUUGCUCCGGAUUCACUGGUUGUCAUGGACAGUCUCAGUCAAACACGGGACAGCGUGGGGGUCUGUGGCGGUUUAGAGGAGACUGACGGUGGGGUGCAAGGCAGCAUUUCUGAGCUUUACCUCAGUGGGCUCUACACAGCUCCCAUUCCUCUGCUAUGAGAAAGUGUGUUGUCAUCUUCUCUUUCCAAAAUAGGUUGGUAACGUUUUAUAAUAACUACACACUAUAAAUCAUUGAGCAAGCAUUAGUAAAUAGUCAUUUCAUCCUUUAUAAAGCAUUUUUCAUUAGUAAGCAGUUAUAAAUAAAGCUAUAAAUGCCUUGUUCUUGAUAUAUUAGCAUAUCUAUUACAAAAGAGAUUUAAAGGCUGCCUUCCUAACAGAACAAAUAAACAAACACAACACAGAGAAAUACAGAGCUAUUCAUUUUAAGAUGCAAAGCAAUAUGCAACUGCACAACUGCAGAGGUUUGUUUUUCAUUUAUUAAGUGUAGAAUUGUACUGUUUCAUAUUUUGCAUCUUGAAAAAAAAAACCUGCAUUGCGUUUGUUUAACUUUUCCGUUAAGGAAGGUAAAUGAGUCUUUACAAGGUAUAACUAGUCCUCACUUCAGAUAAAUAACGUAAUAAUUUCGAAAUUAUAAAUUGAUCAUUAAUAAUGUAUGAAAAUGCAUAUUGCAUAAUAUAAUUGGAACAAUGGUUUUUAAAGGACUAAUACUAAUGCUUAACUAAUGAUUCAUAGUGUGUAGUUAUUAUAAAGUGUUACCAAAAAAAUGUAUAUGUUUGAAUGACUAAAAAGUAUGAUUUGUAUGCUAAAAGCAAGUGUUUGUGCAAGUGUUUUUUUUAAGUCUAAAUGUGUUUAAAUUGGUUUUCCUGGACAUGCAUUUGCCAUGGCACCCCCUGGGGGGCGUGGUUGCCUUUUUUAUACUUUCUUUCCAUAGCAACACGCAUUGAAAGCGCUACAAGUUAAAACAGAUCUCCUGAAUUGCAGGAUUUUACUAGAUAUCUGCAAACAUAGGUCACAGUUGUUUUUGUUUGACAAAAAUGGUACAGUACCCAAGUUGAGUUCAUCUGAUCUAUUGCACUACUAGAACUAAAUCUUAAGUCAAAUACAUAUAUGAUGUCAAAAUAUAAGCAUUUACGCUAUAAUAAUACACUGUAUACAACAGAUCUAUGCAUUUUGCUGUAUUGGAACUGAUUUGAACUUGUAGUGUAUAGCGAUGUUUAUUACUGUAAAUUAUUAUUUUUGCCCUUAGUUGUUUUUAUGUAUUAUUCUUCUGAUUACCUGAAGAACUGUUAAAAAGUUUGUGGUUAGUCUCAUUUUUAAAAUGAAUGGAUCAAAACAGUUUUACAUUGCUACAAAAAUGUAUUUCAAACAAAUGCUUUUUUUCGUUAUCGAUUUAUA